AUGACUUCAGGCAGUGGUUCAGGAGUUCCUCGCCUAGCUACGCGUACAUUGGCUAAAGAUGUUAAAUUAUUAAAUGUUGUUGGUAAAGGUCGUUAUGGCGAUGUUCGUAAAGCUAAGUAUCAUGGGCAAAAAGUCGCUGUCAAAAUAUUUUCUUCGCGCGAUGAAAGAUCAUGGUUACGUGAACGGCACAUCUAUGAAAAUGUCCUUACUCGCCAUGAAAAUGUACUGUGUUAUUAUGCAUCUGAUAUGACUUCCAGCCAAUCCUGCACGCAAAUGUGGCUAAUGACCCAAUAUCAUGAGAAUGGAUCAUUAUAUGAUUAUCUACAACGUCAAGUACUUGACCCAUUAGAGCUGCUACGUUUAGCUUACUCGGCUUCAAGUGGUUUAGCCUACUUACAUACAGAAAUUGUGGGAACGCACGAUAAAUUAGCUGUGGCACAUCGUGAUGUUAAAAGUAAAAAUAUUUUAAUUAUGGACAAUGGUAACUGUUGUGUGGCUGACAUGGGCCUUGCAGUUACAUUUAGUUCUGAUCGUGGAAUCCUUAAUCUCGGCGAUAAUCCUAAAGUGGGUACCAAACGUUACAUGCCACCAGAAGUUUUAACUGAACGAUUCAAUCAAGAAAAUUUUGAUUCAUUCCGCAAAAUGGAUGUUUACUCAUUUGGAUUAGUUCUAUGGGAGAUCGCUAGAAGAUGUAAAACAGAAUAUGCCGAUGCCGAUGAAUAUCAACUACCUUACUUUGGUAAAGUUCCUAAUGAUCCUUCGGUCGAUGAAAUGAGAAAAAUAGUGGUUGAAGAUAAAAUAAGGCCACAAAUACCCAAAAGACUCAAGAACCAUGAGAUUUUAAGGCCAUACUGUAAAGUAAUUCGAGAAUGCUGGAGCGAGAAUCCAAGUUCAAGAUUGUCCAUGCUACGAGUCAAGAAGACAUUGAUGAAAAUGGUCAAUAAGCUAGAAUUUCAGAAAUCGAAAGAUUUGGCAUCGAGUAAUGAGGCAAUAGCGUAA